UCUGUCUCAAAAGGAAAAAAAAAAAGUUACGCAUGUGUAUCUCACUUGUCUUUGGUUCCUGUGUUGGUGCCUCUGGAUAUUUGUCAAACUAGAGUUCCUACAUUCCUUAUCAGGUUAUUUCUAUCGAAUCUCUAGCACUUUUAAGUGACGUAUAAUCUUGUAGGCAAACGAAUGAAGUCAGUGAGUAUAUGUCACAUUGACUUACGCCAGACUCACAUGCAGCUUGUCUUUAGAUGGGCAGACAAGAUGCUGGCCCUACUGGAGUGACUGUGGCUGUGCUGUCCUGAGCACCCUUCCUCCAGUGGCCCUGGUUUUCAAGGCUUUGACACAAUUGACCUAAAGCCUCCUUUUUCAAGCGUGGCUGCAUAUCCACAGUGCUUUUGUGCAUGAUGUUGCGUUGUUCUGGAGGUUUCAUUUUGUAAUUCCAGUUACUUUUGAUGAAAGAAAUUAGUAAAAACGUUUGGAUGUGAGUAAUUGCAGAAGCCAUGUGGCUGUCAAGUUUCUACAUGAGCCUUAGGGUGAAAAGGCACUGAGAUGCUCUCCUUUGUUCCAGGAAGUCCUGGAAUUUCCUAUUUUUCUCUUAUUUUCUCUAUGUGGUUUAUUUUUUUCCUUCCCUGAAAGCUUUGGAAAUGCCUGAGGAGAGGUGAGUUGAACUUGUCUUGGCUGUCUCUUAUUCCGAUUAGUUGGACGCUAGUUCUCACCCACAGCUGCUUAUCGGAUUAAAGAGGGCAUGUCCUGUGUGACAGUGCUCCAGAUUGCAUCCUGUCUUCCCAGGGAACACAUACGUAGAACUGUGAUUAAAGAGAGUUUGAGAUGCUAUGUGGAGCAGCUCUGGGGCAGGCAUGGCUAGUUUUUAUCGUAGUUCUGCUGAGUCCUUGGCAGUUGUUAAUAAUAUUAGCCAAAAUGCUGUAGCUUCCAUUUACUGAGAGCCUAUAUGAUGUGCCAAGCAGUAUGCUAAAUGCCUUACCUUCAUUAUCUCAUUAAAAACUUUACAAGGCAAGGUACUUCCCCCCAUACUGCCUGCCCCCAGAAAGAGUGGCAGUUUGAUAUGGUUCAACCUAAUGCCUUUUACAUAUGAAGAAGCUGCGACAGAGACUUUACUUGUUGUGACAGAAUUGGAACUAAAAUUCAGGGCUCUUCAUGUGCGAGCAGCAAUUGCUUGGGCUUCAGUUUACAGCCUGUAUGGUCGGACAGAAUCAGCAGCACUGUUUAGUUCUGGAUAAUCACUGACUGAACAACAAAAGUUGGAGAACAGAAGUCCUUGAUUUUGGAAUUCAUUUUCAGGACUGAGACCUGGAAUGGCCAAAUAUCAAGGUGAAGUUCAAAGUUUGAAACUGGAUGAUGAUUCAGUUAUAGAAGGAGUAAGCGACCAAGUACUUGUGGCAGUUGUGGUCAGUUUCACUUUGAUUGCUACCCUGGUAUAUGCACUUUUCAGAAAUGUACAUCAAAACAUUCACCCAGAAAACCAGGAGCUAGUAAGGGUACUUCGAGAACAGCUUCAAACAGAACAGGAUGCACCUGCUGCUGCUCGACAGCAGUUCUACACCGACAUGUACUGUCCCAUCUGCCUGCACCAAGCCUCCUUCCCGGUGGAGACCAACUGUGGACAUCUUUUUUGUGGUGCCUGCAUUAUUGCUUACUGGCGAUAUGGUUCAUGGCUUGGGGCAAUCAGUUGUCCAAUCUGUAGACAAACGGUAACCUUACUCCUAACGGUAUUUGGUGAAGAUGAUCAGUCUCAGGAUGUUGUGAGAUUGCAUCAGGAUAUUAAUGAUUAUAACCGGAGAUUCUCAGGGCAACCCAGAUCUAUUAUGGAGAGAAUUAUGGAUCUACCGACUUUACUGAGGCAUGCAUUCAGGGAAAUGUUUUCAGUGGGGGGCCUUUUCUGGAUGUUUCGCAUCAGGAUAAUACUUUGUUUAAUGGGAGCUUUUUUCUAUCUUAUAUCACCUCUAGAUUUUGUACCUGAAGCCUUGUUUGGAAUCCUAGGCUUUCUAGAUGAUUUCUUUGUCAUCUUUUUAUUGCUUAUCUACAUCUCUAUUAUGUAUCGAGAAGUGAUAACCCAAAGGCUAACCAGAUGAAAAAAAAAAAAAAAAAACUGAGUUUACUAGGAUAUCUGAGCUAACGUAGAACAUCAAACGGAAGGACCCAUGGCAGUAUAAAGCAAUGAAGUAAUGGAGUAUUAUCUCACAAAUAUAAAACCACUAUAAGACAAACAUUUGAUUAUCAUUUGACAAAUGCCUAGGAAUAUAUAACUGGAAUUUUCACAUGUUGCAAGUUCUAAUAUUAAGUUUAGAAUUAUAAUGAUCUACAAUUGUAUCUUGAUUCUAUGUUGUCUGGAAAAAAUAAGGAAUUAUAUAAAAAGGGAUGCUUUUAUAUAUUUUUCUUUUCCCCAGAAUAACUUAGAUUAAUUGGAUGUAUAGUAAAAUAUUGUUAAAUGUCAGUUUAUCCACCUUAUUCUUCUCAGUGGGUACCUAUAUGAUAAUAUAUAGCUGUGAAACUCAUCUAAAUAUUUUUGUUACAAUAAAAUAUUAUAUACUAUUGGGGAAAAUUCAGUAUUUCUUUUAGUGCUAGCUAAGUUUUGUGCAUUUGGAGCAGUUCUGCUUUUUCAUUCUGGUAUAAUUAAUUAUUUGUUAUCAGCUGAAACUGAAAGAAGAAACUUGAACUUCAUACUUCAAUAUCAUAUUUUAGUUUACAGAGCACAUUUUAAUCAAUAGAAGAAUUAAGAUGAAAAACAUGGCCGGGCGGGGUGGCUCACACCUGUAAUCCCAGCAGUUUGGGAGGCCAAGGCAGGUGGAUCAUGAGGUCAGGAGAUCGAGACCAUCCUGGCUAACACAGUGAAGCCCCGUCUCUACUAAAAACACAAAAAAUUAGCAGGGCGUGGUGGCCGGCGCCUGCCCAGCUACUCGGGAGGCUGAGGCAGAAGAAUGGCGUGAACCUGGGAGGCGGAGCUUGCAGUGAGCCGAGAUUGCACCACUGCACUCCUGCCUGGGCGACAGGGUGAGACUCCAUCUUAAAAAAAAAAAAAGAUGAAAAACAUUUAUCUCCAGUCAGCACACUUGAUGUUCACAGUUAGACAUUUAAACAAGAGCUCAUCCUUUCAUAGUAGAUACAAAAGUAAUUUGUAAAGGGAAGAUUGUUUUAGGAACCUGGACGAUGCUGCAAACAGAUUAGCCUGAUGCAUUUCUGAGGAAGGUGGAUGGGAUCUUUGUGUCUUUGAGCAUCAAGCCCAUAGGAAGGUACUGGGAACAGUAUCUACAUUUGACAAAAGAAAUUACUGGUUAGCUAUAGCAACAGAUUGGACAAACUUGGUUAGUUUUCUGUUGUCAGAAAUCUUUAUAGUAUUGUCUCAGGAAGGCAGCACAGAUGUGCUUUAUAGUAUUGUCUCAGGAAGGCAGGCACAGCUCAGAUUCAUGUCUUGAGCCAAACAAGUGAAUGUAUCUGAGAAGACUCAAUACCACAUGGUAUUGGGAGAUCUUACUCACUUUGGCUGGUAUUGGUCAUUAGUGAAUAUAUGACAGCAGGAUGUGAGGGGAUGCCCAGGAGUCAGUGUUAGCAUUGUCAUCUGAGAUCACUGCUAUUAAUAUCAUCCAUUAAUUUAUUAGUGAGCUUCACUAUAGCAGACUGGGAGAUAAGGAUAAAAUCUGUCACAUUCUCUCUAGUUAAUCAGAUCAGCUACCAAUUAAUAAGAUUCUGAAUUAAAUAUCAAUAUGUGUUUUUCUAAUUUGGACCUAGGACAGAGCUGUUGCUUGUUAUAGAGAAAGACAAUAAUGCUUAAACAUAGCACAUUAUAAUUAAAGAAGUUACUCACAUACUUUUCAUUUUAGCCUUUGGACAAUUUUGUGAGGAACACUGGGCACCAACUUCCCUUUCAUAGAUACAAUCCCUAUGCUAUUGAUGAAAGUGUUUUUGAAUGAAGUCAUACAACAAAUAACUGAUCAAAGUGGCAUUAAACCAAACUCUUUUAGUAGGACUCCUGCAUAGAAUGUUUAGAUAGACGUGGAAGUUGUUAAGAGGAACGGCAAGAGAGAAACUGGUUCUUUGGAAGUCUUUCAUGCUACAUUAUACCUCCAUCAGAGUAAGACAGCUUAGGCACUCCUAAGAGGAAAGGUCUGUGGAGAUGACACCUGAAGAUUGCAUGAAUCCGAAUUCUACACUUCCAAAUCAAAUAGGUAAAAGGGUGGCAUACAUCACAGAAAACGCUUGCUGUCACCAAAUUGAAAAGCAAAUGAGUAGGAGUUUGUCACACUGCCAUGUACCAGACUGGAAAUGCAUUUCCUACCAGUUAUACAUUUGGUGUGGGGGAAUGGAGAUGUCAUUUUUUGACAGCAUUUUAUUUGUGUGCAUGCGUUCUGCUCCAAGUGUCACAAUUCUGGUUACAAUAAUUAUAAUAGCUGGAGUUACUACUAAGACUUUCCUGAAAGAGGUGUAUUGUACCAAAUUUUGUAACGUAAAAAAAAUACUAAACGAUCUUAAAGCUUACUAAAUUGUGAAAAGGGUACGUGCUAACAUCUCAGAACUUUAGACCUGCUUAUUGUCGUCUUUACCGAUCUCUGAUGAUAAAUGCAGAAGGGAUCUGAGAGUUUUUAAAGCAAGUAGAGUCAAUCAGUGUUUUGAACAUUAUAGUAAUACUUCUGUGAUUCAGAGUUAGAUCAUAUAAAUCAAAGUAACAAUUUGGAUUUUUUUUUAACAACAAUAUCAUAACUGUCGUAAAACAGAUGGUCCAACCCCAGGAGCAGAUAAUUUGGGCAGCUCUGUGGGGAAUAAGAUGGGGAAAACAACUGUUCUAACUGCCCACUAGAACAGUGGUUUCAACUACUACAAUUCUCAGUGUGAGAGGUACAAGGGAAGAAAGGACUGUGUGGAUCCUUUGUGGCUAUGCAGAUACCUACCUCACAGAGUUGUAGAAGACUGGUGGUUUGGUUCAAACCUUGUGAUUAAAGAGUUUGUCAAGCAUUUUUUUAUUUUGAAUAAAAGCAACAUAUCUAAAAAA